AUGGGUGAAGUCGAUCAGAAUCCACACUCUUCUUUGGCCCGCAUCAUCCAGGAGAUCCACGCAGACGGGUUGAUGUCGUCGGAUUUGAUGAUCGCCUCCUUCUUCCGCAUCUGCAUCGACAUUUGCGUGAUCAAGUACCACGCCAUGACCGUCGAGGCAAACGAUCUCUUCGUCCCCAGCACCCCGAAUCUGCCUUCGACUCGGCUCGAUGUUCUAAAUGAUCUAACCGUCCCGUCGAUCCAGCCUCACCCAACACAAAUG